CGGCCGCCGUGGCCCCCGCCUAUCAGCACAGCUUCUCAUCUGCCACCAUUGCCAUACACGUGUCUCUUUACUUACACGUUGAGCGCUUCUCAUUGAUUAAUUCUAGAAUGUCACCAAUUUGUAUUUUCCUCUUUAAUUGGUAAAUAGAGUUAAUUAAUUUGCACCAAAAAGAAAAAAGAGUUAAUUAACUUUGUACAAAAUAAAAAGAAUUGCUAACUUUAUUCCCAAAUCUUCUACCGUACGUAAAAUCAUUAUCGAAAUAUUUCCCAAAAUUAAGAGACAUGAAAACCUCUUCUCUUAUCGGCUUGAAGUGAAAUAUUGUACCGACAACCAAACCUGAUCAUUACCGUUCAUAUUAUUUUAAGCACAAUUUUUCCCUUUUGGAUUGCCCGCAAUUAACUGGCAUCUUUAAAGCGAGAAGGUGCGCACUAAAGCAAUAAUUAGUCAUUGUUUAUUCAACAAAAGUACAGUUCACAGGUGGCUAGAUCCGUCAAACAUAGGUCGCCCCUGGUAAAUCCGAUUCAAUUGCUCUUCCACUCCUUUACCAAAGCCCUACUCCCAGAUACUCGAUUCUGUUCCAAAUUCCAAAACCCUUAUCAGAGUUUGCGGGUAUAUGUCCAUUUCUCCCAAUUCCAAAGGUGGAUUUUGGUUAAUGUGCAAGUUCCCAAAUCACAAUUAUCUGUUUCCAAUUCUCCGCCGGGCAGAGUUCGCCGGAAAAUCUUUUCCUUUCAUGUUUCCUCAUGCUUCCUAUGUCUAAUAGCCCUCCUCCUCACACUAAUUUCCAGUCUCCUUCAAAACUGAAAAUAACUCCAACAUUAUCCCUAGGCCGGAAGAUCUCUUCUUUCACCCAACUUCGGAAUUAUUUCUCUUCUCAGUUUCAUAACAUUCAUACCUCCACCAAAUGGCUUCUCUUCUUCAUUCUCUUCUUCCAAGUAUUACUUUUUUUCUUCCUUCGCUAUGGCCAUUUUGUCAACCAUUCUUUUCCCCGGAAAAGUCCCAUAGUCAUCAACCAUUCUUUUCCGGUCACCGUUCCUCCUGCUCCCAUUAGCAAGGCCCAGCUCCAGACAAUCUGCCCUUACGGCACAGUCUAUGUAUACGACCUGCCCCCAGUUUUGAACUCCGACUUAAUUAGAAAUUGCCACGAAUUGAACCCAUGGCACUCGUUCUGCGAUAAACUUUCAAACGACGGUUUUGGCAAAAUAGCCGUCGGUGGGAUUUCCAAGUACAUUCCGGAAAAUCUCAAGCACGCUUGGCACUGGACGGAUCAAUUUGCUUUGGAGGUCAUCUACCACAACCGUAUGAUGAAGUAUCCUUGCCGGAGUUUAGAGCCGGAAUCAGCUACCGCGUUUUAUAUCCCUUUCUAUGCUGGUCUGGCGGUGGGUAAGUAUUUGUGGUAUAAUUACACCAACGAGGACCGUGAUCGUCACUGCGAGAUUAUGCUCGAUUGGGUCACCAAACAAUCUCACUGGCGCAGAUCCAAUGGGUCGGAUCAUUUCUUAUCAAUGGGCCGUAUCUCCUGGGAUUUUCGCCGGAACGAAGUCAACACUUGGGGAUCCAGCUGUAUUUUCAUGCCCGGGAUGCAGAACAUCACGCGCUUGCUGAUUGAACGGCACCCUUGGGAUCCUUUCGAUGUGGGAGUGCCUUACCCCACCGGAUUCCACCCCAGCUCCGCCGCUGACAUGACCGGCUGGCAGGACUUCGUUCGUAGGCGGCGGCGGAAACACCUAUACUGCUUCGCGGGAGGCAAGCGACGUCGUUUCAAGGACGAUUUUCGAGGGCUACUGCUGAGUCAGUGCUAUAACAACUCGGACGUCUGCCAGGCGGUGGAUUGCAGUGGGAACAAGUGUUCCAACGGGACAUCCCGGAUUCUGGAAACGUUUCUGGACUCGGAUUUUUGUUUGCAGCCGAGGGGAGACAGUUUGACGAGGCGGUCGGCUUUUGAUUGCAUGGUGGCCGGCUCGAUUCCGGUAUUUUUCUGGUGGAGGACGGCUUAUCUGCAGUACGCUUGGUUUUUACCGGAGAAACCGGAGAGUUACUCGGUUUUUAUACACCGGCGAGCGGUACAAAAUGGAACUACUUCAAUUAGAUCGGUCCUUGAAAAUAUCAGCAAAGAGAAAGUGAAAAAGAUGAGAGAAAAGGUGAUCGAGUACAUACCAAAGUUGGUUUAUUCAAAACCAAAUGAGGGAUUUGAAGGCAUUAGGGAUGCAUUUGAUGUUGCGGUAGAGGGGGUUUUGAAGAGAAUUAAGGAACGGGAAUUUACUAGCUAGUAGAAAUUUUAUGUUUAGCUUUACACAUGGUGCAUUUAUACAUACCGGUAAACAUUUUCUUUGAAAUUUACAUCUAUAUUUUUUAUUAUUAUAUAAAGCAUUCAGUUGUAAAAAAUCAAGAGGAACGAAGACAAUACAAUUUAUCGCUUUCAUAUUUGGCUAUAGAAAGAACCAUUUGAAAGUUGUUACUAUGAUGCAAUCUCCACAUACAAUAGUCAAAGGCAAUCUCGGAGGAUAUAAAAUGUAUGCUUACCCCUAUUCGCUUCUGUUUGCGAUAACUCUUUUUAGGAUCAAACAUCGUGCUCUUUUUAGGAUCAAACAUCGUGUUUGUUUUAACGUCAACUUACAUUUUAUUUUGCUUUUUGAAAGUGGAAAAUGUUUCAAAAUAAAAAUUAAAUGAGAAAUAAAAAUAUUGUUUGGAUGUUGGUUUUAAAAAAAAGUAUUUUAAAUUACAUUUUGA